AUGGCGGACUCCAUAAACCCCGUCGGGUCGCCAUCCCGCAUGUCCUCAUCCGCCCUCUUACCAGCACGUCACGAUGCCGAUGCCCGACCACGUAAUCGCCGUCUUAUCAGCACCGCUGAUGACCCCUCCACGGGAUCUAUGGAGAGGCUUUCAGCUUCCUUUUCCGCCCUCCACACCCCGUCUAGCCGCGAUCCAAGUCCCAUGCCUUCCGGCCACUUACCACGAGACAGCUCCGCUAAGCCGAAUGCUCGCAAUGCAUCCGCCGAUAAGCGUCGAAACAACACUUCCCCGUUCAGUGCGAGUUUCUUAGACACUUCAUGGUCUCAAGGUUGGGCUUCAAUCCAGGGGCUAGCGUCUUCUAUUCUUUCUGGCGGAAGUGUGCAUGAUGCUGGCUACGAGUCAGAUCACCGAGAAGGAAGACAGUCGGUAAUCAACUCCCUGAAAAGAGAUUACUCAACGCCGCCGCGGAAGACGCCCAAAGCUUGGGGUCCCGAGCCGCCAUCUAGCUCGCGGCCCGGUCAUCAAGAUAUUGCAACCGGCUCGUUAGCUGAGAGAGACACCGCUCUCAAGGCAGCUCGUACAGCGAGCGUUUUGGAAAGCCAUGAGGGGGUCAACGGGGGCCUCGACGUCGCAGGCAGGUACAAGAGGAGGAACUCAGACGAAGUUGCGAGGGAUGCUGUACAAGACGAUGUAGUCCAGGAUCAACUGGUCUACAUACACCAUGUGCAACCGACUGACACUUAUGCGGGCAUAGUACUCAAGUACCGGUGUCGCGAGGACGCAUUCAGGAAGGCCAACGGGUUGUGGUCAAGGGACAUUCAGGUACGCAAGUGGCUGGCCAUACCGGUAGAUGCCUGCGAGAUUAAGGGCCGUCCAUGCGAACCGCCAUCGCAUGAUCAUCAAGGAGUGGAUUUCCUGGCACCGACACCAGAAACAAGGAGCGCUCACUGUGCUGAAUUUACAGCAGACCAGUCACAGCAGGUCGACUUUUUUAGUUUGCCGAUCAGCAACGGCUCAGCCUCGGGUCCCAAGAGCGAAGAACAGGAGGAGCUGCCAUGGACUCAUGUUCGUUGGGUCACGUUAGAUUCGAACACAAAACCGGUUGAGAUUGCUCGCGUGUCGAGGAAAUCGAUAGGCUAUUUCCCACCUCGACGGAAGAAAAGCCUACGCUCUGCCUCGACACUAUCCACCCCAAGACAUUCCUUGGAUGCCGUAGGAAUCGCGGCUGGGUUCUCGGAAAGCCCGGAACAAGUUGGGAGGCCGUCCUCACGACGGCAGAGCAAUCUCAGUAAUCGGCCCAACUUACCUAGCACCCCAGGAAGGUCUACGCCGGCGUCUUCUAGGAGUAGAAUGAACAGUGAUGCGGGAGACACAAGACCUGCGUGGAUGAGACGGCCUGGCGGCGUUGGUUCCAUGGGGAGGAGUGUGCGAGCCCCUGGUCCGGAUAAAGAUUACUUCAACACGUGGGCCAAAAAGCAUCUACCUGGAAUUGCCAUUGACGAGUCGCUUCCGUCCAUCUCUGUCAUGGGAUCCGAGACUGCAAACUUUGGCUUUAGGCCGGGAUCUAGUAGUGGAAUCGUGGAGAGCCCUUUUGACGAGGGUCAGGAUCUUGCAGCGACAUCUAGGCAAGGCUCGGGUCUCGACCGGGCAGCAGCAGCUGUGGAGACGUGGCUGCGCGGUGCGUUUGCCAAGUCACCAGGGACACCUACAUUGGGGGGCCGUGGCCGCCACCUGGACGACCUGGAUCUAAUAGAAUUAACCGACACCAACAGCGACGAUGGGCGGCUACCGACCCCAGCUGUAGGCGGAGGCGUCACAAGUGCAGGGAUGUUGGAAGCUACGCCGAUGACGGUCAGUUCAACCGCAAGGAGCGACGGAGACAGCUCCGUGAGAGGUCGAGGAUUGAACACGGCGUCUAUUGCCAAGGGCAAGAAGUCUGAUUAG